AUGAUGGUGAACAUACUCGAAAACGCAUCUGAAUCGAUGACACCAGCGCCAUUGGCAGAUGGAGGCACAUGGGAAAUUCUUGAAAAGUAUCUCACUAUGGAUAUGACAUACCCCCAACUGGAAGAGGCAUUUUCUGCAUACCUCGGUGAUCGAUACAUUUUCGAUGACUGGAAAGAUGCCAGAGAUGUGUUGUUCUCUGGUGAUGGUGAUGAUGGUGAUAAUAGCAUCACCUUGGCAAACCUUCGCGCUUCAAAAACCAGUCACAUACCCCUACCUUUGUCUCCACCAAGGACGGAUGGUCCUUUGUCAAGUACUCCCAUUGAACAAUGGUGUAGGCUUACGCAUUUCUAUGUCUUUUAUGUGUCUAAUUGUGCCUUCAUACUCAUGAGUCUAGUGCUCCCUGCCUCUUUGGCAACUUACUCUGGACUCAUGCAUAGUGGAUCUGUAGCCCUACUCGACCGACUUCACCUUCCAAACAAUCAGACGGUUCGCGACCUAAACCAUGAUGGCAAAGUUGUAGGAUGCUCUUACAAAGGAGAACAGUACUAUAUGGGACUUGUACUGAAACACUUUCACCACGGUCACCUCGAACUUGUUGCCUCUCCCCAUGCCAAUGACAUUCAACUGCAUAUGCAGUCCAGGUUCGACACACCCUUCAUCAAGAAAACGCUGGCUGUAUUUUCGAUGCAGUUCUUGCGCAUAGGCAAUUUGGCCAGGGUCAUCUCAGGGGAACUUCGUUCAAAGAUUGGUACAGUCGUCUUGACGGAUCAUGCUUCAGGUUCCAUAUGCUUGGAAAUUAUCCUUGAUGGACACCGAAGUGGAAUUGACAUUCAACUGGAGGACAUUGAGCGUGUCUUUUGUGUCGGCAAUGAAGUUCGAGUAGUAGCAGGUCCAUACCUGGGGUUGGAGGGGCACAUUAUUCAGAUUAGUGAUGAUAUGUUCCAUGUUUGCCAAGAUGGUUCCAAAGAAGAACUAUUCAUUUCAAGGUACUAUCUAGAUUGUUGCCCCUUGCAUCACACCCUUCAACCAUGGUUACAUACGCUGCAACACUUUGAGCCUCCCCCUGAAUACGAAUCUUUGCAAGUCGGGGACCACAUAGAAGUGCUUGCGGGCGAGCACUCCGGGAAAUGUGGCAUCAUGGAGUGGAUUUUGGGAGGAAUCAUGCUAUGGUUCCGGGAUGUGAACCCCGUGUUAGCUGGGGAUGAUGUCGAGUCUAGUGUUGGAUCAUUGAGAAUUCAAGGGGCUAUGUCUAAAGUUAUACAGUACCUAGAGUCCAGAACAAGCCACAAUCAAAGAACGUAUGAUCACUCCCUCGUCAUUGGACAAGAAGUGUUUAUUGUUGGGGGCGAGCUGAAAGGUUAUCGAGCGACACUGUACGACAUCAGUUCCGACACUUGCAUCAUUGCUUUAAAUGGGCGGGCGCAUACUACUCUCAGACGGCAUGACAUUGUCACCAGCUUGUCGCCAUGGACUACCUGGACCUCCAAUGCAGAAGGUAUUGUGGAUCACCUCUCAUUGAGUGUUGCUCUGAGCUUGUCCGAAUUUGACCCCUGGAUCCUCAAUCUUGAGGACACUCAGGAUAACAUUGACACCAGAGCCAAGAAGCUCCCAGACAGUGUCCCACUACUUUGGUUAAUGGGCAAGGAGUAUUCCUUGACAUUCCUCCUUUAUCACGCGGUGUUGAAGGUUGCAGUGGGCUUCAUGGGAGGCAGUGUGAAUGGACUUGCACCUGAAAAUUGUGUUGUGGUAUUCUGCACAUCCAGUAACAUAGGCGCUGCCAUUCAACACUACCAUAUUCCCGCCAAAGAUCUGAGCCCAGCCCCUCCACGUAUGCCUUGUGGAAUGGGCACAAAACAUGGUGUGAUACAGUAUGGACCAUACUAUACUUAA